AUGGAAACAGAGACUUUGCCCGCGUGUUCCUGUUUAACAAAAGAUCUUCGUCAAUUUUUGGAUGCUCGAUUUCAAAAAGGUUCAAUUGAUCAUGAUUUACAACAAACAAUUCGCGAUAAUUUGUAUAUGAGAACAAUUCCAUGUACAACACGUCCUCCUCGUUCUGGUGAAACAAAUGGUCAAGAUUAUACAUUUUUAAGUGUUAAAGAAUUUAAAGCAUUAGAAAAAAGUGGCAAUCUACUCGAAAACGGCGUUUAUAAAGGACAUUAUUACGGAACACCGAGACCACCAAGAGAUUCGGGUACAAAUUUAUUAAAACGAAGUAAUUCUGUGAAUGAAAUGUUUUCAAAUCAUCAUAAUCAACAACAACCUCAUCGAAAUACAAAGGAAAAUGGAAAUGGAGCAAUAGAUCAUCAUUCUUAUCCUUUAAAUAUUAAUAAUGAUCCAGAAUUUUUUAAUGGACACGAAUUAGAAACUCACAUGUAUAACUCCGGCGGCGAUAGUCCACAAGCAUCAUCUACGUCUUCAUUUUCAAAUAAUGCUCAUCAUUCAUCUGCAGUUAUGUCUAACAAUCACAAUAUGAAUCAACACCAUCAUCAUCUCUCCUCCUAUAUGAACAAUGAAAAUGGACAAUCAAAUCAUCAUUCAAAUCAUCAACAUUCUCGCCAUAAUCCAACUGUAGUCGAUCUGGAUCGUUCUCAAACACCACCCCAUCUAUCUGGUGAAUUAAUUAAUUGUACACUUCAUAAAGGUCAAGGAGGUUUUGGAUUUACUAUAAUUGGUGGUAAUGAAAAAGGUGAACAUUAUUUACAAAUAAAACAAAUUUUACCUGAUUCACCUGCUUAUCGUGAUGGUCAAUUAGCUCAAGGAGAUAUUCUUGUCUUUGUAAAUAAUCAAAAUGUACUCGGAUAUUCACAUACGGAUGUUGUUAAAAUAUUUCAAUCAUUAUCAAUUGGUGAUGCUAUACGACUGACUGUAUGUCGAGGAUAUCCACUCGCCGUUGAUUUUGAUGAUCCAACAGUUGAUGUUAUCCCAUUGAACGGUGUUAAUGGAAAUGGAAAUGGAAUGAUUACAAGUCCAUUAUCGAUACCGACAACAUCCGAGUUAUUAAAUGGUGGUUAUACAGAAUAUUAUGGACAACGUGAAAGAGAACAUGAUCAACAAAUUUAUCAAAUAUCAAUACGUAAAGGUGAAAAAGGUUUUGGUUUUACAGUGGCUGAUAGUUUAAAUGGACAACGAAUUAAAACAAUUGUUGAUAAACAACGAUGUCACGGUUUAUGUGAAGGAGAUUUAUUAUUAUCUAUUAAUGGAAUUGAUUUAACGGGAAAAAAACAUUUGGAAAUUGUUGAUAUAUUAAUUCAUUGUACAGAUGAAAAUGAUACAAUUUUUACAGUCAAAAGAGGACAAGGAGAUGUGAUUACGACUCAUAAUGAAUCAUCUAAUCCAAAUGUGAACAAUUCUUCGACUACAAGCACAGAUAAUAACAAUAACAAUAAUAAUAAUAACCAUACAAAUAGUCACAAAAACGUGAUAUUAGAAAAAAAUAAUCAUUUUAAUAAUUUAAAUCAGCUACAACAAAAUGAAAAUUUGACAAUUCGUAACAUACGUAAACAUGUAUCAUUUUUAACCAUUGAAAAUAAGGAAAAUCAUUCGACAAAACCAACAUCAAUUACACGUGAUUUUAAUGAAAAACCACGAAGUAAAACUCCAACUCCCUACAGUAAUCCACCAUUAAUUGAUUCAUUGCCAUUACGUUCACGAACACCGUUACCAAAUAAUACAAAUCGAAAUAUUGGUAAUUCAACUCGUACUCAAACAUUGACAAAUCCAUAUGAUAAUAAUCUAAAUUUUUUAAAACAAAACGGAUAUCAUGAACAUCAAAAUAAUAAUGAUAAUAUUAAUAUUCAGUCAUCUAUCGAAGAUACGUUUCCUAGAACUGAAACAUUUCCCCCAAAGCCAUCAAUAAUGCCAAUGUAUUAUAACGAUGAACAUCAUCCAUAUAAUAUUGAUCAAAAUGGUCAUACAUGGACGAGAAGUGCAAGAGAUAUAAGAUUAAAUGAUAAUAAUGCGUUAAAUAAUAUACCACCAUUUUCUACAUCAAAACUAACAUCGAAUAACGGUACUGGUCUACGAAGUAAAACUCCUGGACCAGAAAUAAAUUCGUCUACACAAUAUCGAAAUAAUAUGAACAGUAAUCUAAAACAACGUAGUAAAACUCCAACAACAGCCGAUUUUUCAUCGUAUAAUAAUACAUUACCAAUACAAAGAGAACAGCAACAAUAUGAUCAAAAAAUACAUAACAGUCGUUCGUUACAAUCUGUAAAUUCGCAUCAAUAUUAUGAAUUAAUUGUUAAUUUAACAUUAUUGAGACCAGAAGAUGGAUUUGGUUUUCGUAUUAUUGGCGGAGAAGAAGAUAACUCUCAAGUAGCUGUUGGACUUAUUGUACCGAAUUCUCCUGCACAUAUUGACGGCCGUUUAAAACCGGGUGAUGAAAUAGUUAAAAUCGAUGGACAUUCGGUUAUACGUUCAUCACAUGAAAAAGUUGUUGAAUUAAUGCAACAAGCAAAACAAAAUCAACGAGUUAGUCUACUAGUUAGACGAUAUCAAGAACAACAACAAUCACAACAACAAAAACUACUUCAGCAACAAAUUGUGAAUGGAAAUGGAACAAAUUUUAUGACAACUCGUCCAUCAGAAAACGACCAUCAUCCAUCAUAUCCGUCAAAUACAUUGAAACGUAAUGGUCUUAAGUCACCAUCGACAGUGAAUAAUGACAAUAACAAUAACAAUGGAGGUGUACGCUAUAUCACUUUGUAUAAAACAAAUGAUGCUCAAAGUUUUGGAUUUGUUAUUAUAUCAUCUCAAAAUAAAGCUGGUGCCACUGUUGACCCAUUAUUUCGAGAUCAUUCUAUGUUUGAUGAACAAAAAGUUUGGAUAGGCAAAAUCAUUCCAAAUAGUCCAGCUGAUUAUUCUCAACAAUUACAUGUAAAUGAUCGAAUUUUGGCAGUGAAUGAUGUUGAUAUUACGCACAUGUUACAUACAGAUGUUGUAAAUUUAAUUAAAGAAUCCGGACGAUCAAUAACAUUAAAAAUUGGACCACCUCAUGAUGAUCGACUUUAUGAUGUUGAUGGUUUAAGAUCGAAUUUACCUACUGAGAAUCGUACACAAAAAUCGUAUAUAUCUCAGUCAAACUCUUCAAAUGGUGUUAGUAACAAUCAUCAUCAUCAUCGUCUUCAAUCGUCAAUGCGACCAUCAUCCUCAUCACCAAUGGUAAUCGCACAAACUGACGGAAUUAAUCAACCACAAUAUCAGAUUCAACAGGAGUAUCAAACAUCUACUAACAAUAAUAAUCAGAAUGCAACAAUUAGAAAUGCAUUUUCACAUAAUCCAUUGAAUAUUUUAGAAAGAAAUCCAAAUCGACCUGUUUCAAGAGCAAAUGGUGUUUUAAAAUCUACAUUAUCUGAUGAUUAUUUUACCAUUGAUCUUCAACGUCCUCAUCUAUCAUCGAGUUUUGGUUUUAGCAUUAGAGGUGGAAGAGAAUUUAGUAUUCCAUUAUUCAUUUUAAAAUUAGCUGACAAUGGUCUUGCAGCUAGAGAUGGAAGAAUGAGGCCUGGUGAUCAAAUAAUUGAAAUAAAUAAUCGAUCAACAUAUGGUAUGACUCAUCAAGAUGCUAUUUCAUUAAUAAAAGAUGGUGGAUUAUAUGUCAGAUUAUUAAUUCGAAAAACAAAUGCACCUCCACCAAGUCUUGAUGAAGUUAAAACAGCAAUGACAAGUCCAAUAUUAAAUACCAAUGAAUUUAUUAGUGUACCACCAUCACAAUUAAAUGGAUAUAAUCAUCAAUAUCAUUCUCAUGUACCAACUGGUUGGCAUAAUAGUUAUGAUCAUCAUUCAUAA